AUGGCGGUGCUGUCUUUGUUGCUUCUCCUGGCCACGCCCGUUUCUGCCAGGCUUAACUGCGAAGGGCUCGAAUUAGCCAGUGACCCUGAGAGAUGCGCUUGGGAGCAAGAAGUCAAGACUUGCAUGGGGACCAGCUGUCACGGCUAUUCUGGUGAGGCUUACCAGAUAUGCAGAAGGGACACAGGCAAAAUCCGCGACUGCUGCCAAAAGCACUACCAGAACGGGACAGCGCCGCCCGACAUGUGCAACACCGCUGCCAUGGUGGAGGGUGUGAAGGCUUGCGUACAUACUGAGUGCAAGGGCUGCUCUGGGGAGGCAUGCCAGCUGUGUCAGGAGGAUUCAGCUCACAUCGCCACCUGUUGCGCUCAGCACAACGUCAGCAAUCCUUCGCUCAUCUGCCGAUGUGCAGGCCUCCAGGGAGAUGCUCUGAAGACCUGUCAAUGGGACCAGGAAGCGACCGUGUGUCUCGAACGGAAAUGUGGCUGUGCUCACGCAAGUACUGGAUGGAUUAUCGGGGAUGUCUCCUUCACGUGCGAUCUUUGCGAAAUUUCCUUUUGGGUUCCCUGUUGCCAGGAGACCGAGCAAGAAGCGCCGCAGCCGUACCUUUGCAAGAACGCUUUCCAGCAAGCCAUCGACGACGUGGUGAGGUGCGUGAAAGGACGUUGUCGGGAUUGCGGGCCGGGUUGCAGCGAGUUCACACCAUGUGACGGCACAGAGAGGUAUGAGCAGUGCUGCAAAGAAAGCAUCUUCAUGUCUCAGUCUAACUUCAACACCACGAAGAUUUGCAAAGCCGCCCAGGCUCAGGGUAGCCGUGAGCACCGAGAGAUCCUGCCCUGA